AUGCCCAACCAGGCCCGUCCCGUCGGCAUCCAGGCUCUGAAACCCGAAAGAAGCCCGGCACUCGUACCUGGCCCGGUGUGUCGUUACGGUGGAAAGCCCUUCGGGAGACCACUGCAGUGGAAGGAGCCGGGCGGCGACAUCCAGAUCGGUUUUGCAGAGCAGUUUUUCUUGAGCGAUUCUCCUCUGGCACGUUUCCACCUCCCUUCCUUCGCAGGCCCCGCAGCCGACUCGCAUGCAGCAAAGGACGGGGAGAGCGAGCGCAGCGCCCGGCUCCGCCCGGAAGCGACACGACAGUCAUCAGACGUUCUAAAUGAGGCGGGAUGGCGGCCACAGGCUCCGCCCCCACCGACGCUCUCGUCCUUUCGAACGUCUGAACCUGAUUCACACAUCAUGGGAGACAAUGAGGAGCCUGACACUACAGCCGCACCAAAUAUUCAUCACUGCCCCUCAGACUCCACCACAGAUGACAGCGGCACCCAAGACGAUUGUACGCUCCCCAGUGUUGUGCGCUCUCCAACCUGUGCCCGCUGCCGCAAUCACGGCAUCAGGAUCCCAUUGAAAGGCCACAAGAACAAUUGCCAAUUCCAGGGCUGCCAGUGCAACAAAUGUAUCCUUAUUCUGCAGAGACGCCGUGUCAUGGCUGCCCAGGUGGCCCUACGCAGACAGCAGGAGAUGGAGUUGAGGAAACGGCUGGCCAGUGGUUUGGUACAGCUUCCGGACAACUGGCCAUCAAACUCCCUCCACCUGGCCAAACCAUUCAAAGGGAUUAAACCAUGCAGGGGAGAGGAAGACAAGAAGGAGAAUGAAGAACCCUUGAAAGAUUCAGAGGAUGGACUCAGAGGGGCCACAGGAUUCCUACGACGACAAAGACUGAGAGUUACUAGGAAGGAAUGUUCCUGGUUGCCUCUCCCUCACUAUUCUAAAAUGACAGAGCUGCCUUGGGCCUAUGGAGGACAUCAACCACCUCAUACUCCUUGGUUCCCACCUCCACUUCCUAUGCCUCCUGCAUCCUUCUGCCCGUUCUUGCCCCAGGAUCAUUCAUUUCAUCUUUCAGCUAUGGGAGGUUGUGAUGCUAAUGAUACUUUGUACAUGACAGACAGUUAUAUGACAGCCCGGGGACAGAUGUUUCACCAGACCGCUGGCUCUUCCUGGUGCUUACCUGCACCAGCUGACCUGCCUAGCCGCAUGGCCCUAAACCCCCUUAAUGGCAACAUGGAUUUGAACAGACGUCCAAAGGUUCCACCGUUGGGAGGUCAGCCAACCUCCUCUCCUCACAUUUCAGUCUGGCCCACCAGAGGAUUUAUCUUCUCACCCCUUUCUGAACAACAGCUCCAGAAAGAGGCUGCUGAAGCCCUGAUGGUGCUGAGAAAUGCCCCCCAGUCAAGUCCCAUUCUUGCCACUUCAGGGCUUCUUCCGUCUGCCAGCUCUGCACCUGCUCUAAUGGCCUCAUCAGCUUUCUCCCACCCCUCAGAGGCAGUUCACAACCGUGGCGGGUCCAGUCCCUUCCAGCAGCAUCCCUCAUGCUUCAUGCCUCCAUGUGGCAUGCAUGCUGUAAAGGCCUCCCGGGACGUAUCUUUGAAAGGAAACCAUAUGCCUCCCGAACCAGUUAGUGCUCAUGGAGAACAGGUUCCAGGGUCCCUCUUCCUUCCUUCACUGCAUGGUAGUGCUCUUCCCCAGCAGUACAAAAAUGUCCAUCUCUUCUCAGUUGCACCAUCACGGGGGCCUCAGGUGGCUACUUCUGUAAUGGUCUCCAGUAUCCAAGCUGUCAAACCUAGCUUCGGAGCAGCUUCCAGUGUCAGCCAUCACAACUUUGCCCCAAGCUUGGCAGCCUGUCACACUUCCUCAGGCUCUGUGUCAAAGACCAUCUGCAUGCCACCAACUAUAGAUGCUGGUUGGAUCUCACAAACAAACGUUGAAGUCCUUGCUCCACCCAGCUCCACUCACAGCAGCCCUCAACUGCUGCCCUUCUGUGUCCCGCCAAUGGACGUAUCUGUCACGAUGCCCCUACAAACUGGCAUCCCAUGCACCCCAAUCGGGAUGGAAUUGCACAUGCUACCCAGGCUGUCACUACUGAAUCCCACCCCCUACAUUAUAGCUCAGCAAGCUUUCCCAGACCCAAUGUUUCUCCCUGGGCAGAAGUCUCAGCAAUGCCAGCAGCAGCAGAGCCAAGAAGGAAGGUGUUCCACUAAAGUGCGGGAAGAAGAAGAACAGGAGAGCUGCCCCAAGGUGCCCGGGAGCAAGGCUGCAAAAGGUUCUACAGAAGUCGCACCUGACUUCCUUGCAUCCCAGCAAUCAUGCAACCGCUCUGUUCAGCAAGCCUCACCAAGUCAACCACAGCCAAACCACCUCCAUCAGACCAACACCUCCCCCUCUGUUUCUCUAAGCAUUACCCAGACGGGUUCCAUUUCCCUCCCCAGCUAGGCUUCUGAUAAUGGGAGGUAAGAGACAGGGGUGGCCAUACAUCCACUUGCGUAAAUGGAAUACAGGGAGGGGGUUCUGUUGGGUAAGGUCCCUCGUUUAAAGGGUGGGGUGGCCCAUGGCCAGGAAACAACCUUUGCAUAUGUUCCGUUCUGAUCCACAACUGAGUUACUGCAACUGCUGGUGGUUCUAUUGUGUCAACACAAAGCCGGGAUCAGUUAAUAAUUUCAAUUCAUUUUUAACUAGUUCAGUGUCAGAUGAGAGGUAGCGUUUGUGAAAGUGAUGUGAAGAAAUGUUAUUUUUAAAUAAAACGGAGUUAGGUUUUAGCUAAUAGCUUAAGCAGUUUAUGUUUCUUCUUGAAGAAAUGGGAUAUUGUAAUGAUUUUUUUAAAAUAGUUUUUAAAUAAAUCACAUUGCAAUGAUUAAU